UAAUUGUUUUCAUGUUUAAAUCUGGAAUUUAUUUAACAGAAACCGGAACUUGUGAUAAGCAUAAAUCAACUGAUGAAGAUGUUGUUUUAUUUACACAUUACAUCAUUUCAAGCAGAGUCAUUGGUAUUGGAUUGUAUAUUCUCACUCACUGAAUCACAACCUGUCUGUCUACACAUUACACCGCCAGCAAACCCACCAGAGUUCUACAUGAAGACACGCGUCUCUCUACAUUCUCUUCAUCAUCCCUUCAUAAACCACCCUUCAUGACCUCAUCAUCCCUCAAAUCACAAAAAAUAUGCAAUCAAACACAGUCAUGGAAGGAAGCAAAACCACCCUUUUGCUCAUGCUCCUUGUUGUUCUGUGCCAUGGAGUGGCCAUCACAAUAGGAGAAAGGACUUCAUCUUCAAAGUCAUCAAACAAGUUGUUCUUGAUGCAGGAUUCCAAGAGUGUGGUUAAGGCUGAUGCAGGGGAAAUGAGAGUGCUGGAAAGCCAUGGUGGUAGGAGAUUGGAGAGACUCAUGCACAUCGGUUUCAUCACAAUGGAACCAAAGUCCUUGUUCAUUCCUCAGUACCUUGACUCCAAUUUGGUUAUAUUUGUCCGUAGAGGGGAAGCAAAGUUGGGGUUCAUGUAUGGAGAUGAACUAUCUGAAAGGCGAUUGAAGACAGGGGAUUUGUAUGUAAUUCCUGCUGGUUCUGCAUUCUAUUUGGUGAAUUUAGGAGAAGGUCAGAGACUUCACAUUAUCUGCAGCAUUGACACUUCUACUAGCAUGGAUGACACCUUCCAGUCCUUCUAUAUUGGAGGAGGAGACAAUUCACAGUCAAUACUUGCUGGAUUCGAGCCUGUGAUCCUUGAAACUGCAUUUAAUGAAUCAAGGGAGGAGCUAAGCAAAAUCUUCAACAAGAGACUAGAGGGACCAAUCGUGUUCGUGGAUGAUUCUCAUGCCCCUAGCCUAUGGACCAAAUUCCUUAAACUGAAAAAGGAAGACAAAGUGCAAUCCAUGAAGGAAAUGAUGCAAGUCCAAGAAGAACACAAUCAAGAAGAAGAAGAAGAAGAAAAGCAAACAAGUUGGUCAUGGAGGAAGCUCUUAGAAACUGUAUUUGGAAAGGAGAACAAGAAGGCAGAUUUCAAAGGCACUGCAGAUUCCCCUGACUCUUAUAACCUCUAUGAUAAAAAUCCUGAUUUCAGAAACGAUUAUGGUUGGAGCAGUGCAAUUGAUGGAGCAGAUUACCCUCCACUCAAAACAGUUGACACUGGUGUUUUCCAUGUCAAUCUCACAGCUGGAUCCAUGAUGGUACCCCACUUGAAUCCAAGGGCAAUGGAGUAUGGCAUAGUGCUGAGAGGCUAUGGCAGAAUUCAGAUAGUGUUUCCAAACGGAAGCAAUGCAAUGGACACUGAAAUCAAAGAAGGGGACGUGUUCUUUGUUCCAAGGUACUUCCCUUUCUGUCAAAUAGCAUCAAGGAGUGGCCCUUUAGAGUUCUUUGGGUUCAGCACCUCUGCCAGGAAGAACAAGCCACAAUUUCUGGUUGGUUCUGUGUCCCUUCUGAGGACCAUGAUGGGGCCUGAGCUCGCCGCCACUUUUGGGGUCCGCGAAGACACUCUGCGGCGUGUGGUGGAUGCUCAGCGCGAGUAUGUGAUUGUGCCUUCAACAUGGGCUGCACCAGGAGAUGAAGGGGAGAAGGAGGAGGAAGAGGACAGUGUUAAGGUGAAGUUGCAGCAAAAGGGUAUCCAAGGGUUUGAUAAUGGUGAGGUUUUGGGUGUUUUUGAAUAGGGUCAUGUCAUUUGGAACAGAGAUGUGUGGCACUAGUAGUGCUUGUUCCUGGUUUUUCCUUUUGUUCAUAUGUGCUUUAUGUUAUCUAGUUGUGAACAGAUUGUACCUUCAUGGUACAUUUAACUUGUUCCAUAAGUCUCAAA